CGACCGAAGCGCGCCGCGCCCGUCACCGAAGCCACACCGCCGACUGCGAUUGCGCCUGCCUCCACACCGCCCACAGUUCAUGCCUCCCGCUCUGCGCCGCGCGACCCAUAGGCGAUAGCGCUGUCCGUAGCAUGGCGCCGAAAGACAAACAGCCGCGUGAGCCCUCCAUCGAGCGCACGACAGAGUACGAGGAAUUCCUAGAAGAGCUGGCGAAAUACCACGAAAAGCGAGGAACAAUCCUGGACCGCGAACCCAAAGUAGGGAGCCGACACAUCGACCUGUUGCGCCUGUACAAACGCGUGAACUUGGAGGGUGGAUACGACAAGGUUUCGGAUACGAAGGGCAAUAAGCUCGCUUGGAGGCGCCUGGCUGGCGAGUUUCUCCCUGGAAGCUCUAAUUUGACCACCCAGGCCUUCCUCGUCAAAACCGCAUACUACAAGAAUCUUGCUGCCUACGAGAUCACGAACGUCCACAAGCGCGAGCCGCCGCCCAAAGAGAUCCUAGAGGAUGUGUCCGCGAAGGGAGGCGACCUGCUAAAUCGGACCGUCGAGAACUACUUCCGCCCUAUUAGUCGAGAGACUGAGCGAUUACGGACCGGUGAGGACGACUCCGACGAGUCGGACGAGGAGGGCGACCACAAAAGGACCCCGCGCGAGGACAAGAUGGACUUGGACGACCCAGGAAGUACCGGGCGGGUGACAAGAAAUCUCCGUCACGCUCCGCCGCAGCGGAUGCUCUUCCAGCCUGAAGUAUCGGGGCGCCAGACCCGCCAGUCGACCGGACACCUGAACUCGCCGCAGCCCGGUAUGAACGGCGUCUUUGGGACAAGCGGUGCGGCCAUGACGAUAGCGAACUACGAGCCGCGGACAGCUGUGCCUUCUACCAUGAAGCCGGUCACGACUCCGGCGAACAACCCCGAAUACUUCAUCAACCUGCGCAAGAAGUACAUCGUCAACCGGAGGAACAGGCCUGUCCCAUUAAAGGGCAUAAUGCUACCUGGCACUGGCUUUCCUGGACCUAAUAUCUACAUCCGCGCUCUGCACGCGCUACGAUCUAAGGAGCCAGAAGAAGAGGCAUAUGCAUUGCACCAUCUGGUCAAGAUAUCUCACGAGCGUGGCGACAAGUAUAGGUUCGAUCAGUUUCCCGGACUCGCCGAAGCCCUCAUCGACAAGGUCAUCCAGAUCGCAUCCUUAUUUUACGAUAUCGAUUGGGAGAUAUCGUAUGUCGAAGAGGAAUUUGAUCGCCCGAACGUACUCAACGGUUUGAAUGGGACCAAGGAUCUAAUGCGACGGAUACAAUCUCUCCAGGCACGGGAUAUCCAGGACGACCUGUUACCAGACAACGAUGCCAAAUCCCUCAACAUGAUCAACGAAGCGGCACUCAUUAUUCGCAACAUGGUCAUGCUCCAUGAGAACGCGCUCUAUGCCUCCAUGAUACCGUCCGUGAAGGACCUGAUCGUGAUUGUUCUCAAUCUCCCAAACCACCCCACGGUAAUAGAAAUCCAACACUACGCUCUCGAGAUUGCCGAGCAGUUGACGAGGUUUUGGUUCUUGGAUGCGCAGAAUCCGUUAUACCGCUCUCUCCUCGCUCAGGUCGACUCCGAAGAUAGGGGCAAAAUCAUCACCUCUUUACGAGCGCUUGGACGAAUUGCGAUGAAUCUGGAGGCUACCAAUAAGCUGUCGGGCGUGCCGAAGAAGACACUUCAGUUAAUAUGCAACUGGCUCUUAGUAGAGGACGAGGAGCUUCGUAAUGCAUGCCUGGACUUCCUAUACCUUUUCACUGGUUUCGUGGAUAACGUGGAGACCCUUGUCCUCGAGGUCGAUGUUGAAAGCCUUGUCAAUCAGCUGGUUCGCCUUCUCCAGUUCGGCGCAAUCGCGUACGAGGAGCGGCGGAGUAGCCCAAAGUCGUCCAAACCAUCACAACACGCGGACGGCGCACCGAAGCUUUCGUCUGCAAUCAUCGAGCAGCUGGUGACACUGGACGAGCCCGAGCGUAGUUCGCAAUGGCUGCGAACGUGUUUCGAAGAGGAUCCGACGGGUGAGAUUACCCAAAUACAGCUCUGGUCCGCAUACAACGCAGCCUUCCAGGACAUAAUGACGAACAACACGUCGUUCAAAGCGCUCAUGCCGGCUAAGGACUUCAUCACCAAUGUUUCGACUACCUUCGGUGGCGCCUCUGCUCAGGUAAUCAACCAGAACGGAGCACAGAAGUAUACUAUACGAGGUAUACGUCCACGAUCGGUCCCGGUUGACCCUUCAACGAAGAAACAGUACAUGCGGUGCUGCUGGCAUCCACCGAGCCUACUGAAUGGGUAUUCGGAUACGAAGCACUCCACUGCAAAGAUUGAAUGCGGUGAAUUCACUUCCGGCGUCAAGGCCAUGUGGGAGCACAUCGUCUCUGCACAUCUCAAAGUCCCAAGAGAUGAAUCCGGUAAAUGGCUCCUCGAGCAGAAACCAGACAUCAACAUGGAAAACGGGGACGCCGUGAGCACUUCCAAACCAACGAAAUACUUCUGCCACUGGGGCGGCUGCACACACUUCAACCCCUCAGGCACCGACUCCGCAUUCGAAGCCGGCCAACACGUCAAAACUCACCUUCCGGACACUUCCCUCAUGCAUGCGGUCCACGCAAAGCAUAAUCGCACCCCCUCGACAUCCACACCGCUUACCUCCUCGGCGCAAGUUCGCUACGAAAACUUCCAACCGCAGUUCGGCCAACCCGUCGGCCUGGGGAGCCUGGGCAUGGGCACCCGCUACAACGAUAAGUAUGCGUAUGGUGAUCGCCUGCCUGCUUCCGCGUCGCUCCCUUCACAACCUACACCCAACUUCCGGUACUACAACACCUCCACCGACGAGAACAACGACGCCGCCGGCCUCGCACUCGCCUCCGUCCUCGUGCUCCGCAAUCUUGCGCGCCAGCUCGGCAAGCUUAACCCACCGUCCUCCGUCCACGAGGUCCCCGAUUCACCAACACAUACCCAUAAACGCACCUACAGCGAAUCGAGCCCAGAGCAUCGACGCACCAUGGGCGGGAAGAAACCGCGCCUGAGCGAUGCGGCACGCGAGGCACACGAGAAGGAAGAGCAAGAGGCGGAGAAUGCGGGCUGGGUGCUGCGCGUUUUCGCGCCCGUGAAGGAGCAGCUUGGUUUCGUUAUGGCCCAUAACCUGACGCUGAGAAAUUAUAUGGGCCCACUUUUUAGGGCAAUCGCCGAGGGCGGGGGUUGAGUGGGAUAGAGGGAAAAGAUGGACGAAUGGGUCUGGCGUUUUGGAUGCUUACUGAGCGUAGUGUUCGCAAGGAUAGGGCGGCCUGCUCUUGGUUCGAAAUACCUUAUGGCGCAUCUAAGCGAAUGAGAGGCCAGAGCCUCCUGUUUCAUGUUAGAGCGAAUAUGUGGGUCAUCGUAGCAAUUCAAGCACUUUGUUAAUCCG